UCGGAGCACAUGAAUUGCUUAACCUAAUCACAUCUUCCCACCGCGAGCUGCCCGAUUACCUCUAUAUAUAGGGGGAUACUGUCAUCUGUGCGAUCAGAUAUUCAGAUCACCAUCUUCGUCUCUGUCUCUCGAGCCUUUCACAAAGCAGAGCAACGCACAAGAAGCACACGCGACUGCGCGACUCGUUGGUGCGCCGGCCAAAGCCUAACCCGCUAGCGAUGGCGGCGGCUGAGUGGUGGUGCUGGCCGCUGCCGGCGUGGCUGGGCUCCGGCGCGGCGUGGUUCGUGGCCCUCAACCUCGUGGUGGGCGCUAUCUUCGCCCUGUCCUCCCGUGCGCAGCCGCAGUCGCCGUCGCCGCGCCGCGGCGGGAGCGGGAGCGGGAUCACGCGCAGGGCCUCGUCGGCGGUGCUGCACCGCAUCCGCUCCUUCAACAUCUUCUCCUUCCCGUCCUCGGAACCGAGCCCGGGCGCCACCGCCACCGCCACCUUCCGCGAAGCAGAGGACGCGGCGACGGCGAGGACGAGGUCGCCAUCGACGCCGCGUCCACCACAACCACAGGCGGCGAUAGAGGAGGAGGACGUGGAAGACGAGAGCUCGAUGAGCAUGGACGAGGCGUACGCGCUCGUCCUAGCGGGGCGGCAGCGGGCGGCGCCGACGGAGGAGGAGGCGGCCGGGUCCGAGGUGGACGCCAAGGCGGAGGAGUUCAUCCAGGGGUUCAAGGAGGACCUCAGGCAGCAGCGCCUCAAAUCCAUCUUCAACUACACCCAGAUGCUCAAGCGCCGCGUUGCCGCCGGCCGGCCGCCUGCCGCUCCGUGAUUGGCUCACGUGAUCGUUGAAAGUUCACAGUAAUCCAGCUGCGAGCUACUCGGGCUUGAGUCGCUGUCUGGACGUCGCCGCCUUUGAUUCACAUGUUCAUUGAUUCAUUUGUCUUUUCUUUAGAGAUGAUUGAUUAGUUUUGUUUGUAUAAAGGGAGAGCUGGCCUUUUUGAGUUGCUUGCCCUCGUGAACAUAACGAAAAAGGCUUCCGCCCAGCUUGCUCUCAUGCACAUAGGCAUUUUGGUUGUUGGUUUGUGCAGAUUGCUUCUAGCGGGUUUCCUUUUAUUAGCUUGCUUUGCAUGCAGUGUUCUUUGUUGUAAGUGCAUUCAUUCAUUUGUAAGUUGUUCUUCAACUGUAAAGUGUAUUCAUUUAUUAGUAAAUAAAUUUCAGACUUGUCUAAA